CGUAAGCGCCCAAAUUGAACGCAGUUUGAAUUAUUGUUCGUACAUAACCAAUCUUUACUUAUAAUUAUUAUUAUCCAUCGGUAAAAUCUUGGCGAAAAAAAAUAUAUUCCAUAAUUAGACUUGUGGAAAAAGUGUAUCAGUGAAUUUUGCCAAAAUUUUACUUUCUAAUACGUUAACUAUGACGUAUAAUGUAUCAUCGUAUUAUCUAUGUUUGUAGUUGCCAAAUAUGUCUAUUAUUUGUAUUAAAUAAUUGCAAAUAAAAGUAUGCAGUAUUUAGUGCGUAAAAGAGAAUAUAGUAGCCAAGAAAGAGAGAAUCUUGCAGAAGGGAAAGCUAAGAGGUCAUUUCCUUUCGAAGAAGAUUCUGCAACGAGUAACCAAAUGAAAAAAUUUAAAGUACAUACCAAUCAAUUAUCAAACACUAUGGGAAGCUCAUCUGAAGAUGUAUUUAUGAAACAUUCAACGACACUAUCAGAGACAUUAAGUGAGGAAUGUAUUUCACUUGUUGAAAAAUUGAGGCCAACUUCUAUCGCAACUUAUAUUGGGCAAAAACAAGUAAUUGGUCCAGAUACUGUUUUGAGGCACUUGUUAGAAAAGAAAGAAAUUCCCAGUAUGAUAUUUUGGGGUCCACCUGGAUGUGGAAAGACAUCCCUAACUAAUGUAAUAGCGUGCCUAGGCAAGGAAACAACAAAUAAUAAUAUGCAUAUUGUGAACUUAUCAGCUGUUAACUCUGGUGUGAAAAACAUAAGGGAUGCCGUUGCUGCAGCGCAAGACAAAUUCAAAUUUGGACACAAGACAGUUGUGUUCAUGGAUAAAAUUCAUCGGUUCAACAAGCUACAACAAGACAUAUUCUUGCCACAUGUAGAGGCAGGAACAUUUACUUUAAUUGGAUGUACUACUGAAAAUCCAUCGUACAGUUUGAACCCAGCUUUAUUAAGCCGCUGUCGUGUGUUUAUGUUAAAUAAGUUAACGGAAUCUAACAUAAAGGAAAUUCUUCAUAGGGCAAUAGGGUAUAUAAAUGGAAGCGUACUUGAAGGAGAGAGGCGAACGGACAGUAAAGAACAGAUUAUGUUUCGUCCCACCUCGAACCUUAGAUUUCAUAUGGUUGAUGAAGCAGUACAGUGGCUGUCAGAAGCAUGCGAUGGUGAUGCAUACGUAGCUUUAAAUACAUUAGAAUUAGCAGUACUUGCAAAAAGGUCGGACAGAUCAAACACAUCGUGUGAUAAUGUUUUCGCAAUAACUUUGAAAGAUAUGAAAGAAAAGUUAAUACAAGCGCAUUUGCUCUCUGACGACGAAACCAAUCAAAGCCAUCAUAUAUAUUCUGCGCUUCAUAAAUCAAUAAGAGCUGGUAAAGCAAAUGCUUCACUAUAUUGGAUGGCGAGGAUUAUGGCAGCCAAAGAAGAUCCAGUAAACAUUGCAAGGCGACUAGUUAGGAUAUCCAGCGAAGAUAUUGGUUUAGCCGAUCCCGAUGCUUUGGGUGUAGCUGUUCACACAAUGUAUGGGUGUCAAAUGAUUGGCAUGCCUGAGUGUGACGUACUUUUGGGGCAAUGCGCACUUUAUUUGGCAAAAGCACCGAAGUCUCGAUCAGUGUACAAUGCGUUAAAAGCAGCUGAAAAAGUGAUUUUGGAACAUGAAGGGCCUCAACCUAUUGUGCCAUUAGACAUGAGAUGCAGUUCAGUGGAAGCAAAGCUGCAAAGUAGCCUUGGUUGCACCAUCUAAUAAGACGAGGAGGUUACAGAGAAGAAAACAUUUUAUAUUUCAAUAGUUGUAGUACAUACAUUUUUUAAGAAAUAUAAAGUUUAUAAAAAACUGAAAACUAAUGUAUGAUAUUGUUAAAUA